CGCGCCGCCAGCAGGUGGCGCGAGCACACACACGAACAAAACAAACAAGUGUCUUCAAGAUAAAUGGCUCAAUCAUCACUGCUGCACCCUCCUCUCACAAAGUCGUCUCCUCUGAAGCGAAACGCCCAGUUUGUGUGUCCGUGUCAAGGCUUUUGUUUUGGUAAUAGCACGUGGCGCUUUGAGCUCUUCCCGCUGGUCCCAGUGCGCGCACAGCUACAGGCGGCGGAGACGAGGACUAACAGCGCGUCGCCAAAAAGCGCUUUCUGCUCCGUUUGUUCUCAUUCUGGACGCGGUUGUUGUUGUUGUUUCAGGCUGAGUGGAACGGGGAAUAGCGCUCUCUCCGCUUGGUGUGUUGUCCAGGAGCGCGCCGCGGACUCAACAGGUGGAGAAGAAAGGCCCCUGAAAUCACUGCUACUCACCUUGGAGUUUCGACACCUGCGUGUGUGCUGACCUGAUCACUAAAUGGCACUGACGGUGAACCUUAUCGGUCCUUCGCCAUGGGGCUUCAGAAUACUUGGAGGACGGGACUUCAAGAAGGCCAUUACUGUGUCAAAGGUCACCGGGGCCAGCAAGGCAGACCAGGCUGACCUGCAACCUGGGGACAUUAUCUUGGCGAUCAAUGGGAAAAAUACGGCCGACAUGCUGAACGUGGAGGCCCAGAACACGAUCAAGAACUCAAAGACCCAGCUGCAGCUGGUAGUGGAGAGACCUGAACCUCCCAGUUCUGGACGGACUAACGGCAUCAGCACCCCUGAGCAGCUCACAGGGCGCUUCCAGGAGGCGGUGAUAGUGAGUAGAGAUGAGAACCAGAACUACAAAGAGUACACAAUCUCCAGCCCCGCGUCCCCUGGACCUUAUUCACAAGAUCCUUUUAUCAGCCAAGGUGUAAAGAGGGAGAGCCUGACACCGUCCCCCAACAAGAGUGUCCUGUUGCGUCCAUGGUCUCCAGAAGAGAAAAGUCACAGGCUGUCCAGACCGCUGUCACAGGAGUUCUCCCCUUCAGACUACAGGAGCAAUUCAGUGUCCAGCAGAACCCCGACGCCACCAGGACGCUACUCCCCCCACAGCCCCAUUGAUCAGGACGUACCCAUGUCCCCUCGUCGAAGUUCGAGCUCUGACUCUGCCAUGCAGAAGUUUGACAGGGAAUCCGAGGUGUACAAGAUGAUUCAGGAGAAUAAGGAGUCCCGCACGGCGCCUCGUCAGUCCAACACUUUUAAAAUGCUGCAAGAGGUCCUGGAGGCUGAUGAGAAAGAGGCGGCCCAGAAGUUCCCAGGACUGCUUUCGCCCAACUCGCCCAUCCAAUCGGUGGGAGGCGUGAAAAAGAACCACACCUGUGAGAAAUGCGGCACCGGCAUUCUCACACUGGCCGUGCGCAUCGCGGACGACCGCUACCGCCAUUCAGAGUGCUACACUUGCACAGAUUGUGGUCUUAACCUCAAGAUGAGAGGUCACUUUUGCGUCGGCGACGUGAUGUACUGCGAGAAGCACGCCAAACAGAGGUACCAAGGCCCAGGAAGUUCUCCUCAAGCCACAGUGUCCCCGCGCCAAUGAGGGUCGUUCUGCACCUGCCCCCUUCUGGACUUGGAGCGCUGCUUGUCCUUCUGAAGCUCCAACCCACCUGACUCGGUGACAGACCUUGGGAUGGGCCGUGGAGGUGGACGCUGGUCUACGAAAUGGCCGAGGAUAUUCUUUUCUGAUCACAUUUAACCAUACUUUGCAAUAUUAUGAUUUAACUUUCUUGCCUUUUCUUAUAUGCGCAUUGGGGCUUUGUUUUUCAUAUGACCCGUCCUGCGUAGUGCAUUUAGAUACUUGCAUUUAGGCUCUAAUGAUGCACUGUUGCCAUGGACUUGAGCCCACAUCACUGUUGAGGCCAGAUUUACACCAUGCCGCAUGACUUUAGACAAACUGAACGGGAGUCUCUCUGACGAUCUGGAUGACCAUUUGAAUCGCCUGACUACAAAAAGGGACCAAAAUUUCACAUAAACUACAUGCCAUUUUACAAGUGAACUGUACGCAGGUGUGUAUGGAUGCACGCAUUCACGUGCAGAAGCGGAAGGUGGCUUCUGCGUGAAAUCCCGCCUCCGUGUGAGGUCUGUGCAUGAGAGGGAGAAAAGUUUGUGCAUUUUGCGCUAGUCAGGCCAAAAGCCCUUGAGUUUUUCUAUUUCUUUUGUAAGCAGAAUUUAUAGCAGAAGAAAAUGCAUAUUUGCUGACUUGUUAUGUGGCUUAAGAGGGACAAUAGAUUAGUUAAAUAUAUAUAAAUAUACACAUAUUGUUUUGUGAUUGAACUGUAUUCUAUAAUAAUGACCAUUUCAAAUGCAUGAUGUAUGCACAAGACAUUUAGUGUGACAAUAAAUACUACUCCUGUCCAGCUAAAGCAGUACUACGAGAAUAUUGUUCGCAUUACUUGUGGCACUUAAUAAAAUCGCACAACCUAAAGCUACAUGUCUUCCUACAUCCUCA